AUGAACUUAUAUUUUUUUGGGUCUCAUAUAUGGCAGCAUGGGGGAGAUGUGAAUGCUGCUGAUCAUACCGGGCAAACAGCAUUACAUUGGAGUGCAGUGCGGGGUGCAAUCCAGGUUGCAGAGCUUUUGCUCCGAGAGGGUGCUCGGGUGAAUGCUGCGGACAUAUAUGGGUAUCAGGCAACACAUGUUGCAGCGCAAUAUGGUCAGACAUCUUUCCUUUACCACGUUGUUACAAAAUGGAACGGUGACCCUGAUGUUCCUGAUAAUGAUGGAAGAAGUCCUUUACACUGGGCUGCAUAUAAGGGUUUCGCCGAUAGUAUACGCCUUCUUCUGUUUUUGGACGCAUAUAGGGGGCGCCAGGACAAAGAGGGUUGUACCCCUCUCCAUUGGGCUGCUAUUCGGGGGAACUUAGAAGCAUGCACAGUGUUGGUGCAGGCUGGGAAGAAAGAAGAUCUGAUGGUGACUGACAACACUGGCCUUACACCAGCACAGCUUGCUUCGGAUAAAAAUCACAGACAAGUUGCUUUUUUCCUUGGAAAUGCACGGAGGUUGCUUGACAAACGUUGUGAUGGGAACAGUCGCCUUGGGCAACUUUCAAAAUUAGGACUUGCACCAAUACUUUGGUUUAUAAUUUUUCUGCUACUUGUGACAUACAUUCAUUCAGUCAUCAUGGGUAUCUGCCCUUAUCUUUGCAUUCAAUCUUAA